AUGGGAAGAGACAAUGACAGCUACCAACAGGCAUUCAUCCUGGUGGGCUUUUCUGAUCGGCCUCGACUGGAGAUAAUUCUCUUUGCUUUUAUCCUGGUCUUUUACAUCCUGGCCCUGCUGGGCAACACUGCCAUCAUCCUCUUGUCGAUCGUGGACACCAGGCUCCACACACCCAUGUACUUCUUUCUAGGGAACCUGUCAUUCUUGGACCUCUGCUUUACGACGAGCAUUGUCCCCCAGCUGCUGUGGAACCUUUGGGGUCCAGAGAAGACCAUCACCUACCAUGGCUGUGUGGCCCAACUCUAUAUCUACAUGGUGUUGGGCUCGACUGAGUGUGUUCUCCUGGCUGCCAUGUCCUAUGACCGCUAUGUGGCCGUCUGCCGGCCCCUGCAUUACACUGUGGUCAUGCACCCACAUCUCUGCCUGAAGUUGGUGGCUGUGGCUUGGUGUUGUGGCUUUCUAAACUCCUUUGUCAUGUGUCCCCAGACAAUGCAACUCUCUCGAUGUGGGCGUCGCAGGGUGGACCACUUUUUGUGUGAGAUGCCUGCUUUGAUUGCCAUGUCUUGUGAAGACACCAUGCUGGUAGAAGCGUUUGCCUUUGCCCUGGGGGUCGCCCUUCUCCUGCUGCCCCUCUCCUUGAUCCUUUUCUCCUAUGGUGUGAUUGCUGCCACUGUGCUGAGGAUCAAGUCAGCAGCAGGGCGCAAGAAGGCUCUCAGCACCUGCUCUUCUCACCUGACGGUCGUCUCCCUCUUCUAUGGAACCAUCAUCUACAUGUACCUGCAGCCAGCCAACAGCUACUCCCAGGAUCAGGGCAAGUUCCUCACCCUCUUCUAUACCAUCGGCGCCCCCAGUGCCAAUCCCCUCAUCUAUACCCUGAGGAACAAGGAUGUGAAGGGGGCAAUGAAGAAGCUCGUGGGAGGGAGGAAGGGGCUGGGGAAGCCUGAGUGA